CCACCUCACGGGUGGAUGAACGACCCAAACGGAUUCUGCUUCUUUCAAGGUGAAUAUCAUCUUUUCUAUCAAUACAAUCCAAUCAGCAGCCUAGAACCAGGAAUAGCGCACUGGGGACACGCCAAAAGUAAAGACUUGUUCAGAUGGGAACAUCUGCCAAUAGCUUUGUAUCCAGAUGAGUGGUACGAUAAAAGUGGGGUUUUUUCUGGUAGUGCUAUCGUUGAAAAUGAUACGAUGUACUUGUUGUAUACUGGAAAUUUAAACCAUCCUAAUGAAGAUCCGGACCACGAACAACAUCAAGCCUUAGCCUACAGUACGGAUGGCGUAAAUGUGACCAAAUAUGAAGGAAACCCCGUAAUUGAUUCUCCGGAACAUCAACCAAAUAUUCGCGAUCCCAAAGUUUGGAAACAUGAAGACACAUACUACAUGGUUCUUGGAAAUUCCUUCAAUAAUGGCACUUUGGGUCGCGCCCUGCUCUACUCCUCAGAAGAUUUGAAAUCUUGGGCUGAAGUUUCUGUGCUCGACGAAUCAGAUGGAGCUCUAGGCUACAUGUGGGAGUGUCCAGACUUUUUUGAACUUGAUGGAAAGUUUAUUCUUCUAUUUUCCCCGCAAGGCGUAGAACCUGAAGGCAAUAAAUACAGGAACUUGUAUCAAACAGGUUAUAUAGUUGGAGAUUUCGAUUACGAUACUCAUAAGUUUACACCUAUAACUGAAUUCGUAGAGCUAGACCAUGGUCAUGAUUUCUAUGCCACACAAACUAUUUUGGAUCAUUACAAUAGAAGGUUACUUGUUGCCUGGUUUGAUAUGUGGGAGCAAAAUUAUCCAGAACGAGACGAUGGCUGGACCGGCCAAAUGACUAUAGUAAGAGAGCUAUUUUUAACCAAAGAUAAUCACCUCAUCCAAAAACCUGUAACAGAAGUUAUGAAUGCACGCGGAAAAUUACUUUAUUCAGCUAGGAAUACCAAAGGAAGCAAAUCUGUAGAACUAAGUGACAAAACUGGUGAAAUAAGAGUUAAAGCCAAAGCUUCAAGCGACAUUAACCUGUUUAUUGAAUCAAAGAAUCAGUCAGCUACAGUCAAAAUCAGCUAUGAUCACAAACAGGGCUUGGUCACUCUCGAUAGAGGAGGCAAUGACGGUCUGAGGCGAACAGAAUGGAAACCUAAAGAGAAGAAGUUACGUUUGAGAAUAUUUGUUGAUGCAAGUUCAAUAGAGGUAUUUUGUGGUCGCGGCGAAGUAACUUUCUCAAGCCGAUUUUUCCCAGAAGACAAUGUAGCUGUGCGUCUUGGGGAAAAUACUGAAGUGGAACAAAUGAUUGUUACGGCUAUGAGAAGAACCGUAAAACGACCUGAUAAUACUGAAUAA